AUGAGUGUCCACUUACUGCUCCUCAGUGCCGAGCACUAUGAGCAUCAAGCCUCCCGAAUAAACGACCAUUUGGUAAGUGUAUCACUUCCGUCCAUUACAAUCAUCCUAGACGAACCAUUGAGCUAACCUUGCCAUGAUACAAGCAUCUCCAAAAGCAUAGAUCGAAAAGAAAUGCCCAACCAUAGUCAAGUCCCAACGUCGAGUCAGAGGUACAUUCACCCUCAAUAACAAGACUACAGAACCAAGUUUAAACAAUCAAACGAUCUCGGGAGAGGUUGGUUUCCCCAAGCCGCACGGGUUCAGAGUGCCCAGAGGGAUACGAAAAGUCAUCGGUGGAAGGCAACUCGAAAAGUCGAAGAGGCUGGAUUGGGUACGUACUUUCGCCACCUAUUACAUCGAUUUUCAUAAAGUAGCACACCAACUUGAAACCGAAUUAAGCAGACAAAUUACACCACCAACUAAGAACGGCCAUGCACCACAAAUUAUACACCCCCGAAGAGGGGUACAGCAACAAAGAAACCCGCUGCCAGAGGAAAGGGAAGAAGAAGGCUGCAGAAUCAGGGGAGGAGGCAGAGGUUGACGAAGAGAUGAAGGGUAGGUACCAAUUCCCCUCCCCUUUUUCUCUAGCGUGUGAAUAUGGAAAUUGACACAACACUUUUCGCAGAAAAAGAAGAAGAGGAUGUCUAA